CAGAAGCGGGACCUCAUCCAGAAGGCGUAUGAGUGUCCGACGAUGACGCAGCACGAACUGGGUGCGUGGACCAAGGCGGCGUUCAAGCUCAAGCGGGCGCCCGCCCAAACGACUAUUUCGGACAUCCUGCGGAAGGCGCCCGCUAUCAUGAGCGAGACGUACGGCGAUGGCAAGCGUCGCAAGCCGCUCGAGGUGACUUCGUUGGCGCUCGAGGAGAAGUUGUGGGCGUGGAUCCAGGCUGCUGAAGCCCAGAACGUGUGCCUCUCGCGAGAGCUGAUCAAGAUGAAGGCGCAGGACCUGCAGAAGGAGCUGUGCGACGCGUGGGAGUUGAACCUCUCUAACGGAUGGCUCACUGGGUUCCAGCGUCGU